GGCGUGACAGUUGUUAAGGCGCAAGUGUACAUCGUCUCUCCCUUACUCACCCGCUUUUCGUGCACACCACACACGUGUGAUUGCAUGCAAAUAUGGUGCACCUUUAUCAGACGACGACCGCACCGCAACCGUCCCCGAAGACGGUGACGAAGCCGGCCAGCUUUAUGGCCAGCCUGAAGGGUCUGUUUUUCCGCACCAACCAGUCGAAACCGAGCACCGAAGGUCCGAACACUCGCCCCAAAUCGCUGUGGACCCGCAGCUCGGCACCGCAAGCACCGAUUGCCUCGCCCGAGUCGGGAAGUGAACCAUCGUCGCUAGUGUUGCCCCGCGUACCGGAAGCGCCCAUCCAGCCGCUGACCGUACACCGCACCGUAACGAUACAGCUGCCCCACCACGGGGACAAUCGGUACGACAUCCGGAGCGAGACCGGCGGCAAGGAUCGAAGGCGUGCCAAGGCAGCGGUCAAACCCGUCAAGCGGCGCUCCUUCGGCAAACGCAUCAACAACCUGUGGAGCAACUUUGGUCUGCUGCGAAGUUCGGAGAAAAUCGUGGAGUUUGCCAACGGUCACGCUGCCUUUCAACACGUGCGGGAAAAUUUGACCGAUCUCAAUGGGCGCUCGGAGGCGAACGAAACGGAUCUGGUAUUUCUGCAAGGAAUACUGGCCAAUCCAGCCGUUACGCAGUUGAUUAAGAUCCAAGACAAACUCGAGGAAGCACCAGCGCCACUGCAUCCAGUGCGAGUGGACAACGCGCCCCUACUGAAGGAGGUGAUCGAUCGCUGUAGCCUGUCGAGGAAUCCGCACGCCCGUGAGCUCGCUCGCAUCUUCCGCUAUCCACACUUUCGCGCCCUGCUCGAAGCGCACGACGAGAUCGGUGAGACGCAGCUCGAAAAGCUAAAGCAUCCCCCCACGUCCGCCACGUCCAGCCCGGGUGGCAACAGUCAGUACCACCAGGCCAGCCCAUCCAGCGAGACAGUCGACGGGUCCGGUGUGGAGCUGCUCACCAUCAACGAUAUGCCCGGGGAAACGAUCAAGAUGGUCGGGAUCCGGAGAAAUCCGGACGAACCGCUCGGCCUGACGGUGGAGGUCGACGAGCACAAUCAGCUGGUGGUGGCCCGAAUCAUCGCGGGCGGCAUGAUCGAUCGGCAGGGGCUGCUCCAUCCGGGCGACGUCAUACUGGAGGUGAACGGGGUGCCCGUGACCACGCCCGAGGAGCUGCAGGGCGAGAUCUCGGUCGCGAAGGAGUCGGUAACGUUGAAGAUUGGGCCGAGCGUCGAGGAGGAGAUGAAAUCUGCCCGCAUCACCAUGGCCGGUGGACAGGUAAAGAAUGGAAGAAAUUUAGACUCGGGCAAGAAGCUGACGUGUUAUAUGCGAGCCCUGUUCGAUUACGACCCAAAUGAGGACAAUCUGUUACCGUGCAAGGAGAUUGGGCUGUCGUUUUUGCGCGGUGACAUACUGCAGAUUAUCAACGUGAAGGAUCCAAACUGGUGGCAGGCGAAGCAUGCGGGAGAGGAUGGACCAACGGGGCUCAUACCGUCCCAGGAGCUGGAGGAACGCCGACAGGCGUACGUACCUCCGGAGGCAGAUUUCGUGCAUAAGAUAGGCAUUUGUGGAACAAGGAUUUCAAAGAAAAAGCGAAAGAUACUGUACAAAACGAAGCAGAAUAGCGAGUUCGAUAAGGCGGAUCUGAUGCUGUACGAGGAAGUUACCAAAAUGCCACCAUUCAAGCGGAAGACACUGGUGUUGGUGGGCGUGGCCGGAGUUGGACGACGAACGCUAAAGAACCGACUGAUCAACAGCGAUCCGGAUAAGUUUGGAUCAGUACUGCCGCAUACUUCACGUCAACCGCGACCGCUGGAGGAGUCGGGCAAGGCCUACUGGUUUACCGAUCGUGAAGAAAUGGAGCAAGAGAUCCGGGAGAACAAGUUCUUGGAGUUUGGCGAGCAUAAUGGUAAUCUGUACGGUACCCAUCUGGAUUCGAUUCGUGACGUUAUCCGGCAAGGUAAAAUGUGUGUACUGGAUUGUUCACCGGCAGCACUGAAGACUCUUCACAACAGUCCCGAGUUUAUGCCGUUCGUGUUGUUUAUUGCGGCACCUGGAAUGGAGCAGCUAAAGCUGCUCUACUCCGAGCGCAGAUCGGCCAGUGGAUCGACGAGGAACUUGCAUUUUGAUCGUCAAAGCUCUAUACGCUUCAGCUCCCGUCGUGCAAAGACUCUGGAAUCGUUGGCAUCGCUGUAUGAGGACGAUGAUUUGAUAUCGGCGGUCGAGGAGAGUGCACUGCUCCAGCGAAAGUACGACAAGUACCUGGACAUGGUCAUUGUGAACGAAGACUUCGAUGACACAUUCCGCCAGGUGACGGAAGCGCUAGAGCAGCUGUCACACGAGCACCAGUGGGUCCCGGUAAACUGGAUCUACUAGACUCCAUGCGUCCGUCCAUUCGGAUGCAGAUCUGCAAAACAAAAUGUGUUCAAAUCAUUCGGCUUGCAAAGAAACAAAUGGAAAUCCUUGACCGAUACAAGUAACAGUUCAAAUAGCCAUAUAGCAUUCAUUCAGCUUCGUUCGCUGCCCUUUAGAUAGGCUCGGCAAUAGAAACGGUAUUCUUUUCCAGGACAUUCACGUCGCGGCGGGAGCAUUCGUUGCAAUCCUCCCCUUUUAAAGACUCUUUACACUCCAGAUGCCUUAUCAAACAUUAUAACAAUAUAUGAAGCUGUAAACACUGUUCUCUCGAGCGCUUUACAUGUGCAAACCCCUUGUCUGAAACGGCGCCGGGUAUAUUUAUCAUGCAAUCAUCACGGAUCACGGAAAACCGCGCUAGUACUAUCAACCACCAGAACGAUAUCUGCACGAUCUUUAUCCAUCCUCUUAGCUGAUUAGCGUAACGCCUUUGAUGUUUUAGUAUUUUUCUAGCGUGUAAGGUCAGAGUCGAAUUCGUCCAUUUUCUUUUAUUUCGUACUGUUCAUUUUAAACCAUGAAGGAAUCGAGGACACAACUCACGUGUGCUGCUGGAGGGCGGCGUGUGCAGCAGCUGCACAGCGCGAGGUUUUUUAGACGUAUGGUAUUUCUUAAUGAGUAAGAUGAGUUUUAUUCGUUUACGUUUUGCCUUCUGUAGGUCGUUCGUUCCCGGUACCGUCCUUUCCUUUGCGUUGUGAAUGAAACGAUACGGUUAGUAAGAUAGUAGAAAAUCGAACGAGAGAGUGAUUGCGAAUCCUCUCGCUAGCUGCUAGCCUGUAAGCGCCGAUAUGAAUGGUUUAAACUGUUUGUUUAUGAAAUCUGUUGUAGCAUUUCAUUGAAUUUUAUAUGUUAUGCGAGAAAUAAAAAAUUAGAAGUGUAUGUGAAA